CUCUAUCACACGUGCAGCCGCAGAGGGCCUACAGAUAUUUUCAUUCAUCUCUAGAUUCGCGAUGACUGAAAGGUUCAACAAAUACUGCGAAGAGGCUGCGUCCGCGGAUCUGCCCAGCUCAGAGGAUGAGGAAGACAUCGAGGACGACGACACCUGUAGCGCCCAACAACUGGCCAGAGAGUUCCGGAAUUUUAGGCCCAAAGAUGAAUCGGGAGUCUCACUACAACGGGACUAUGUCCUCUGCCUGGAUGCAGACAGGGGAUUCAGCAGGAUUGCGGCAGGCUUGUCCAGCUCCGCCGUGCACAUAUUCAACUUGGAUGCGAACGGAGGUGGGCGUCUUGAAAAGUUCUGCUUCCUACCGCCCUCGGACUCGAAGUCCAGCAUCUGUGGCGUGAGGUUCCUCGAUGAGGGACCGGACAACGUACUCGUUGGCAGUACGAACGGUUAUGUGCUCCUAUACGACCUGCGAGUGAAGGGAGAGCAGGCGCGAUUCCGCCACACACAGAAUGACAAAGGCCAGUUGCCGGUUUCAAAGUCGAUAACCUGCUUCGAUCGGAAUGCCAAUGGAAGGAUAGUCUGCAGCGGCACAGAGCAGCACAUGAGUAACGUCCACCUGCUGUUCUUCGAUGUGCGCGAGCGCAGCUUCAUGGGCGCCUACAAUGAAAGUCACGAGGACGACAUUACCUCACUGCGGUUUCACGAUCGCAAUCCGGAUCUUUUGGUUACCGGAAGCAUUGACGGAUUGGUCAACUUGUUCGAUGUAAAGGAGUCCGAUGAAGACGAGGCUCUCCUGAACACCAUCAACACGGAGAGCAGCGUGGGGCGACUCCAGUGGCACCGGAAUGUCUACGAGAAGGACAUGGUUUCCUGCAUCACGCAUCAGCACGAGUUUAAGAUGUACGAGUGCCAGGAGGGCGAUGAAGUGUUCUCGUUGGAGAGAUUGUACAUCACAGCUGCCAUAAGGCGGAAGAAUCCUUCCAACUGUACUCCGAUUAAUGCCCACAACCAGGAGGAUGGAGGCCUAUUCCUUCUGGCGGGCACAAAUUUCAACAAAGGAGAGGUCCUGCGAUCCUUUAAUGUAACCUCCAAAACUAAAUUGGAGCCCUUGGCCAACUAUCUGGGAAACAAGCAGAUCGUGAGGGAUAGUGUAUUUGAUGCCAAGCGGGGACUGCUGGUGACAGGCGGCGAGAGUGGCAUUGUCACCGUUUGGGCGGAACAGGAUUCGUCAGAAGCCAGUGGAAGUGAAAAGUUAAAGGUUAAGGCGGGAAAGAAAAAUCAUAAAAAGACGCCGUAUUAAGAAGUUUUUUAUGUACGAGUAUUUU